GUGUGACUUGUCUGUCCUCCGGCUGCCAUCCCCAUCAUGGCCUCCACGCCGACACCACCACCGCCGAGGAUGAAGCCACCAGCUAGCGGCGUGGAGACGGACACGAAGCCGAAGCCGAAGCCGAAGCAGAGGCACCGGUAGAGGCGAGCCGCGCCGGCGGAGAGCCGCCUCGCAGCCCACAUGCCAGCCCCGUCUCCCCCAUGCCUGCAUUUCAAGCCAAGUCCGGCACUCAAUAAACCGAGGGUGCGAACCCGGGCGGCGGCGCCAGAAACAUGUCAACAAACCGAGAUUAUUCGGUCAAUCUGUCGGUGCAGCAAGUGCUGAGCCUUUGGGUGCAAGGGACGGCGCUGCAGCAUUUCACAGAGAUGUGGUACUGGGUGUUCCUCUGGUGCCUCUUCUCCUCGCUCUUCGUCCACGGGGCGGUGGGACUGCUCAUGUUGGUCAUGCUGCAGCGCCACAAGAGGGGCCGCCUCAUCACCCUCGUGCUGGUCAGCGUGGGUUUCCUGGCCUCCCUUUCUGGAGGCGUCGUCACCAGCGCAGCAGUGGCAGGCGUGUACCGCGUGGCAGGGAAGGGCAUGGCACCGCUGGAGGCUCUCAUUCUAGGCGUGGGCCAGACCUGCCUCUCCGUCGUCAUAUCCUUCUCCCGCAUCCUGGCCACGCUAUGAAGCCACCGACCAUCGGCGGACGCAAACCCGACCAACAGAGCCUAGUCGGACUCGUACGGAGUUGUCUCUUGGACCCUCAUGCUGCCUAGCUGGUCUCUACUGCUGCCCCGGAUACCGGAGCCACUUCCUCGCCAUUCAAGAGGGAACUGGAUCCGGCGCAAGCAGCGCCAUCCUCAGCUUCUGGACUGAAAGCCAUGUUGAGGGUGUUUUUUCCCUCCAGAGGCAACUUGAUGCCAACGGUCUUCUCUGGGAUGUCCUACAGGUCUUUGUGGACACUGACUUUUCAAGGUUUUUGCUUCCCCACUUACAGGAAUGAUCAAUUAGAAGUUUAGUGUUUUUCUACAAGCAGCAAUUGGGAUGGAUUUUAAACUUGAGAGCAAAUGACGUCUCAAUGGUGUGAAGUCUGAGCAGGCUCUCGUCUCAUGAUAAUUCCUUCUGCACAGCUGCGUUGUCCCAGUCCAGCAAGCAGGACCCAAGGGAUCAAAACGUGAGUUUCUGGCACUGAAAUCUCUUUUAAUGUGAUCGCUACCUAUAGCAGUGUUAUUUUUUUAUUAUUUUUAACUGUGCCCUGGCUUGACCUUAUUAUUAGUCUGACACUGGGUUAGGUCAUAGAGAAGUGUGUGUCACAAUGCCACCAGAUAGUGGUGUGAUUACACACACACACACACACACACACACACACACACACACACACACACACACACACACACACACACACACACACCCACACUGUGCCAUGAGCAGCUGUGAGUUGUUCAUGUUCUGCUCCACCUUCUGCAUACUUGACUCAGCAAACUAUGAAUCCCUAGAUGCCCGCUCAGAUCCAGCAUUCAAAGCCUUGCUCUUGCCGCAUUAUCCCCCCCCCCCCUUCCCAUGUUUGCAUGUGCGUGAAACUCAAAACGUGUGUGAAUGGACAAACUUAACAAGAGGGACAACACACCAAGUGGCACUUGUAUAUAAUGUAUGAUAUAUUCAUUUUUUAAUAUUUCUUUUUUGUACCAGCCAAACUGCUGAUAUUUAUAACAAUGGCCUAUUUAUGUAAACAAAAAAAAUGGUUCCUCCUGUAAAUAAUCAACUGUGAGUUGAAAUAAAGAUCUUUUAGUAUGAACACUGUGGGGUGUUGCCUUAUGUCACAGGGGGGGGUGUAUAUUGUAGCGUCCCGGAAGAGUUAGUGCUGCGAGGGAUUCUGGGUAUUUGUUCUGUUGUGUUACGGUGCGGAUGUUCUCCCGAAAUGUGUUAGUCAUUCUUGUUUGGUGUGGGUUCACAGUGUGGCGCAUAUUUGUAACAGUGUUAAAGUUGUUUAUACGGCCACUCUCAGUGUGACCUGUAUGGCUGUUGACCAAGUAUGCCUUGCAUUCACUUAUGUGUGUGUUAAAGCCGCAUAUAUUAUGUGACGCUGUUUGUAUGGAGGAAAAGCGGACGUACAGACAGGUUGUAGAGGGCGCUAAAGGCAGUGCCUUUAAGGCACGCCCCCAAUAUU